GACGGGGACGGGGAGCGAAAAGAGGCCGGCGGAGGAGGAGGAGGAGGAAAAGAAGAGGGGCCCCUGCCCGUCUGGGUUCGGGCCUGAGGCAGGCCUCGGCGCGCGCCACCCGUACGGGGCCCAAAUAGGAGAUGGCAACAGUAACUCCCAGGAAAAGGAAUCGCAGGACCACCAACUGUGCUGGAGUAAUUACCCUGAACUAUAAGUCUCAGCAAGAAUUUGAAAUGAAAGUAUUUGCCCAGGUGAGAGAAGAGAAGGCAGUACAGCAGCACUUUUCUCCCAAAUUUUUGCAAUUCAGAAAGAAAUACUGCAGUUUAUUACCUGGAAACCCAAUGAAGAAACUAAUACUGGACUUCACAGAUGUUACAUCUCCAUUAUCAAAUGUGACCUCUAAAAAGCAGAUCUCAAAAGCCAGUGACGAGACAAAAGAAAAUCCGUGUCAGGUAGUCCCACAAAGCGUUUCAUGGCAGGGCAAUAAGCCACCAUUUCAAACAGCCUUUCCUGCUAAAAAGACACCUGGACCGUCACCAUUUAAGUCUUCAAAACCGGGCUCUCCAUAUAAAUCUGCUGUAUCCACUAUAACCUUUUAUAACAAGGAGAAUCAGUAUCUUAAUCCCCUGGAGAGGAAGCUGGUCAAAGAAAGCAGAUCAGUUUGCCACAAAAACAAUAGUAUAGUCUUUCCUGUGCCCAGUUUAUCUGAGAAAAUGAAGCUAAAGGUGACCCUUUCCAAAAAGGCAAGUUCGAGAAUUCAGAAGAGUUCAGCUUCCAGGUUUCAAACGAGCUCCAGACAUACAAAGACCGUAGCAAAGAACUUGACAAAAAACAAGGAAAAUGGAGCUUCUUUCAAACCUGUGGAAAAGAAAACUGGAGUCGCAACUGAAAAUAAUUUGGGUAAUGCUUCACAUGUACUAAGCCUAAGGGUUAAACCAAAGGUGACGCUCCAGAUUGGAGCAGCAUUUUUUGCUACUAGAAAGAAAUCCCACCCUGUCCCUAGAAAGGGGUCUUUGGACACCAGACCAGCAUUUGACCCAGCAAAGAAGGCCCUAUCAAAAGAGAUUGUGGAUGCAGAUUUGCCUAAAAGAGAUGUUAAUAAAACUGCUGAAGCAAGCCAACGCCCAAAGGAGAAGUUGGAAGUUAGGGGUUUGAUCACAAGAAAUGAAAGUGGAAUGAAACAAAACAAGAGUUCAGGCAGUGAUUGCAAGACUUUUCCUACCAGGGAAUCUGCCAGUGAGAACAGUGGGAAAGCUGUUGCCUAUCCCAUCUUUGGUACACCUUCAACCAACAAGAAAAGAAUUCAACCACCCUCAGAAGAUCUUUCAUCUCCAGGAUCCGGAACAUCUAUUGAUGUGGCGUCUGAACUCUUUAAACAGCCUCAUAACCAGAAAGUCAUCAAGAAUACCAGAGACUUAAACCAAGGAUUCAAAGACCAGUUUGUUAUUGAUGCAGGUCAGAAGCAUUUUGGGGCCACUAUAUGCAAAUCAUGUGGCAUGAUCUACACAGCUGCCAGCCCUGAAGAUGAAGUACAACAUGCUCAGUAUCACCAGAGAUUUGUGGAGGGAAUUAAAUUCAUUGGCUGGAAGAAAGAACGUAUAGUAGCAGAGUUUUGGGAUGGGAAGGUCAUAAUGGUUCUGCCAGAUGAUCCAAGAUACGCCAUCAGAAAGGCAGAAGAUGUCCGAGAACUUGUAGAUAAGGAACUGGGAUUUAAGCAGGUUGUGCUGAGCUGUCCAAGCAAAACUAAAACCUACCUGUUUGUGUCCAAUGAAAAGAAGGUGGUUGGAUGUUUAAUCGCAGAGCAAAUCAAAAAGGCAUUCCGAGUGUUUUCAGAACCAGCCAGUCCAGGAUCUCCCAACAGUCAAACGUUGGAGCGUCACCGGGCCUGGCGCUGCUCAAGUACCCCGGAAGCUGCGCUCUGUGGAAUCAGUAGGAUCUGGGUCUUUAGCCUGAUGCGGAGAAAGGGCAUUGCAGGUCGUCUGAUGGAUGUUGUCAGGAAUACAUUCAUGUAUGGAGGUCACCUCGACAUCAACGAAAUUGCCUUUUCUGAUCCAACACCAGAUGGCAAAUUAUUUGCCACUAAAUACUGCAAUACUCCAAAUUUUCUUGUGUAUAAUUUUAUUGGUUAAAACCAAUUCAAAUAUACCUAGAGGUAUUGUGGAUGGAAAAGCCUAAUAGAGUUUAACUUGUUAAAUUAUGAAAAAUUUUUUAAAAUGUCUGUUUAUUAAAUUGUUCAUUCUAAUCAAAAGAUAUGGAGAGGAAAAUGUGUCACUUUUGUUGAAGUCUUUAUGUUGAAGUCAUGGUACUGUUGAAUCUAUUUGGGGGAAUUAACUAAAAUCUGUUUAUCUGGUCCAUUGUGUAGCUGUAGUCUUGUAUUUGACAACUGCCAGAGAAGAUAUUUUAGUUCUGUCCUCCUCUUUUUUAUAGACACAUAACAUUCAUUGAUCUCUUGCCCCACACAGCAUGAAAGUAGACCAGUAGAUUAUUGCACCUUAACUGUAAUGGGGCACUGUUUAGAAUACAGAGAUUUUGCGCAACAGCUAUACAAGUCUGAAUUUGCAUCUUCUCCUGACUCAUCUGAAAGUUAUUUUGAACACAAAAUUAGGAAAUUACUUUGCCACUAGGAAAAGUUCAUUUACAGAGGGGCUGCUAGUUCUUAGCUUGUGAAACAAGUCCAGAAUAUUUGUUUUGUGUUCUUCAGGGUAAUAGUAUAUGUAGUAUUCAAAAGUUUUUCUGCGAGAGUGCUGGAGCAUCUGGAGAGUCCCAUUCCUAGAGGGACAUAUGAGUGGAGGUAAGGAAAGAGUAAAGAAAGGAAGCAUUGUAAAAGUCAUUAAACCAUAAGCAUAGACUUUCUAGAAGUGGUGAGCAAUGAUAGGAAGGUUAGAGGUGGGAUAUGAAAUCUCGUUGUCCCAGCUUGAUCCCAUUCACUCAAGUGUAUUGCUGCACAGUCUUGUUUAACUGCAACGUGUUUAAAAUAAAGAUUUUUA